AUGAAUAUAGUUGAGUCAGUGUCAAAAAGUAUUUCAGUGAGGGCCAAAUGUCUGCAAUUAGAAAUUUGUUUAAUUUGGGAGGGAGAAACAAUUUUAAGAAUGUAUAAAAAUAUUGAGAAACUUAUUGAAGUAAACAAACAAAAAUUUGAUUGUUAUAAUGACCUCCAAUUUCAAAUGGGGAACAUUAAUACAGCAAUAAAUAAAGACUUGGAUGAUAUUAAAUUUGAAAGUUCCAAAACUAUUAGUAGCAUAUCUAAUCAGAUUCAAAAAUAUAAUAAUGUUAAAAUAAUAGCUGAAGAAAAAAAUAGAUUCUUAGAUGAGUUACAUAAUAAGAUUCCUGUUACUGAAGAAAUUCUACUACACAGGUUAAGUUUUUGA